ACAGAGAGAUACGCACUGAGUUUUAAGACGAGGUGGUCGUUCAGUGCGGUAAAAAAAAAAAAAGCAAUACAGAUCACGCUUAAUAGUUUUUUGAAGAGUAGCUGGACUGUCUGUUGAGAAAGGAUAUCAUUUCUCAUAAGGUGUCUCUGUUGUCCAGGAGAUGAAUUUUGAGCAGCCUCCUCCAUACAAGGGCCCAGGCCCCACGGCCCCCGGUUACCCUCCCCAGGGCUACCCCGAGCAGGGAUACCCUCCCCAGGGCUACCCCGUCAACAUGGAGCAGCCUGGUGGAUACCCUCCUCAAAACCCAGCCUACCCCAACUACCCUGCUGGCCCCGGGGGCCCUCUUGGACCUUACCCCGGCCAGGGACAAGCAGGCCCCUACCAGGGGGGUUACCCAGGACAGCCCCAGUUUGGAUGGCAGGGAGGACCACCCCCAGGACCCAUGUAUGGAGAGGCACCCAAAAACACAGUGUACGUGGUGGAGGAGAGGAGGAGAGAUGAUUCAGGAGACACGUGUCUGACUGCCUGUUGGACGGCUCUCUGCUGCUGCUGCUUGUGGGACAUGCUCACAUAACCUCUGACCCCUGACGUUUACCCUCGACCCUUACCUGCUCUGACCCUUACCCUUACCCUUUGCCUCUUAACCCUUAACGCAAAGUCCCUCUCAUCUUAACCUAACCUCCAACCCCUGAGGCUAAACCCCUAACCCAGUAACUCCUAACACACUAUCCCUCCACCUUAAUCCUUCUCUCUCCCCUUAACUAUCGGCCUUAACCCUUGCACUCCUGCUGUCCGUCCCAAACGUCCAGCCCGAACCCCUGUACCAUGGUAGCAUUAUAUGAUAACCUCUAUCUCCUUGUGCUCCUACAGCUGACCUAGCCCCUUCCCAGGGCUGUGCUCUGCUCUGUAGCAGUGUAGCUAGCGUAUGUUCCCUAAAUCUCAGGUGCUGGACUAUAGAUAUUGCUUUUUGUGGAACACAAACUCAUGCUCAAAAACCAUACACAGAAUAUGCACUCAGAUCUCAGGCAUUCUACAUUAAUACACUCUCUCUCUCUCUCUCUCUCUCUCUCUCUCUCUCUCUCUCUCUCUCUCUCUCUCUCUCUCUC